AUGAAGUUCAGUCUGACUGCUGCUGUUUACAUCCUGAUCAUCACACUGUGCAUGGUUUGGUCAACUCACCCGGAAUGCUCGAUAGUUCUUCAUCUCCAAGAGAAAGAAAACGAGUGUAACCUGGAGAUGGAGACCACCAACAAAACUGCAGCCUGUGUGGUGGAGUGGGACGGAGUGAGCUGUUGGCCGGCCGCCUCUGAAGGAGAGAUCGUCUCUGUUCUCUGUCCUCUGCUGCUGCUGAAACCUGAAACUCCUCCAGUUCCAAUCACGAGGAGCUGCACAGAACAAGGAUGGAGCGAGCCGAGUGUGCCGUAUUAUAAAGCCUGUUACUAUGACGCUCCUGAGGAAGAUGAAGACAUGAGGAAUGAGAAGAAUUACUUUGACGUCCUGAAGUUGAUCUACAGUGUUGGAUAUGGACUUUCUCUGGCUGCUCUCCUCGUCGCUGUUCUGCUUUUCUGCUCCUUCAGGAAGCUUCUCUGCACGCGGAACUACAUCCACCUGAAUCUGUUCCUGACCUUCAUCCUCAGGAGCGUCGCCGUGUUCGUCAAAGAUUUUGUUUUAUUUGCAGACAAAAGCACAAACCACUGCACCGUGUCCACAGUCGGAUGUAAAGCCGCCAUUUCGUUCUUCCACUUCUGUGUUUUAUCAAACUUCUGCUGGCUGUUGGUGGAGGGUCUGUACCUGCAGACUCUGCUGAUCUUCACCUUCACUCAGACCUCAAAGAUCUUCAGGAUAUACUUCUCUGUCGGCUGGGGUAUGAAGUGUUUUCAUGUGUCUGUGUGUCCUUAUGUAGUUUCUCUUAUCCACAGUCUGAUUAUCUCAGGGACUCCGUCUGUGACCGUUGUGAUCUGGGUCCUGCUGAAAACUCACCUUGAUGAUGAGGGGUGUUGGGACGACCUGGAGAGCAGCUUGUGGUGGAUUAUAAAGAUUCCCAUCCUGCUCUCUAUAUUUAUAAACUUUGUGAUCUUCCUGAACAUCAGCAGGAUCAUCGUUCUAAAGGCAACGCAGAUGAACCCGAGUGAGAAGCAGGUGAUCAGGACGCUCGUCCGCUCCACGCUGCUCCUCAUCCCUCUGUUUGGAGUUCACUACGCGCUGUUCGCUCUGAUACCUGAACACGUCGGGGUGAAGCCUCGGCUCGUCUUCGAGUUAGUUUUAGGAUCCUUCCAGGGUUUCAUAGUUGCUCUGCUGUACUGCUUUCUAAAUGGGGAGGUACAAAAAGAAAUUCAGGGCGCUGUGAGAAGAUACCGGACUGACACAAAGACAAACGACAUAAAUCUUCAAACACAAGAAUACCUCAACUGAAGUCAACUCACAGAAGAAGAACACAGAUUUCAUUUUCAAGUUUUUACUCAACAGAAGCUGACACAGGAAGCUGCUUCUUCUUCACAGAAUGUUUUAUCCUCUGAUGUGUCAUAGAAGUAAAACAUUUAACUGAACAGUAGACUCAUUAGCCUUCUCUAGAUUUAUAUCAUCACACUCUAUGUACUAUGUUUCAUUUUAAACUGUAAGAACAUCAGUUAAUAAAUAGAUGAA